CCAGUCGAAAUGAUGCAGAACCUCCCCUUCGAGCCUGAGUUCGAGCAGGCCUACAAGGAGCUUGCCUCCACCCUCGAGAACUCCACUCUUUUCGAGAAGAAGCCCGAGUACCGCAAGGCCCUUCAGGUCGUCUCCGUCCCCGAGCGUGUCAUCCAGUUCCGCGUGGUCUGGGAGGAUGACAAAGGCCAGGUCCAAAUCAACCGUGGAUACCGUGUCCAGUUCAACUCCGCUCUUGGCCCCUACAAGGGUGGCCUCCGGUUCCACCCUUCGGUGAACCUGUCCAUCCUCAAGUUCCUCGGAUUUGAGCAGAUCUUCAAGAAUGCCCUGACCGGCCUGAACAUGGGUGGUGGUAAGGGUGGAUCUGACUUCGAUCCCAAGGGAAAGACCGAUAACGAGAUCCGCCGCUUCUGUGUCUCCUUCAUGACCGAACUUUGCAAGCACAUCGGUGCCGAUACCGAUGUUCCCGCCGGUGAUAUCGGUGUCACCGGCCGCGAGGUCGGCUUUAUGUUCGGCCAGUACAAGAAGAUCCGCAACCAGUGGGAGGGUGUUCUCACCGGCAAGGGCGGCAGCUGGGGCGGCUCCCUCAUCCGCCCCGAGGCCACCGGCUACGGUGUUGUCUACUACGUCGACCACAUGAUCAAGUACGCCUCCGGCGGCAAGGACUCCUUCGCCGGCAAGCGCGUCGCCAUCUCCGGUUCCGGAAACGUCGCCCAGUACGCCGCUCUCAAGGUCAUCGAGCUCGGUGGCUCUGUCGUCUCCCUCUCCGACUCCCAGGGUGCUCUCGUCAUCAAGGGCGAGGAGGGCUCCUUCACCGUCGAGGAGAUCAACACCAUUGCCGCGAUCAAGGUCGAGCGCAAGCAGAUCGCUGAGAUCGCCUCCACCGAGGCCUUCAGCUCCAAGUUCAAGUACAUCCCCGGUGCCCGCCCCUGGACCAACAUCACCGGCCGCAUCGACGUCGCUCUCCCCUCUGCCACCCAGAACGAGGUCUCCGGCGACGAGGCCAAGGCUCUCAUUGCCGCUGGCUGCAAGUUCAUCGCUGAGGGCUCCAACAUGGGCUCCACCCAGGAGGCUAUCGAUGUCUUCGAGGCCCACCGUGUUGCCAACCCCGGUGCCGCUGCUAUCUGGUACGCUCCCGGUAAGGCCGCCAACGCCGGUGGUGUCGCUGUCUCUGGUCUUGAGAUGGCUCAGAACUCUGCUCGUGUCAACUGGACCCGUGAGGAGGUCGACUCCCGUCUUAUGAAGAUCAUGGAGGACUGCUUCAACAACGGUCUUGCCACCGCUAAGGAGUACGUUACUCCUGAUGAGGGUAUCCUUCCUUCCCUUGUCUCUGGCUCCAACAUUGCUGGCUUCACCAAGGUCGCCGAGGCCAUGAAGGAGCACGGUGACUGGUGGUAG